UUCAUUGACAAUUCAUUAGUUAUUUUUAAAAUCAAAACCUGAUAACCUCUACCUUAAAAAUAUAAACAACAAAUUUUCAUCUAAUUUGCCUUUUCUUUACUUUUUUUUGUCUGUGAUUUAGUUAUACGUUUCUGUAAUUGUUUCAACUACUGAGUAUUUAUUUUGAUUUUCAUGAAUAUAUCAUCUAUUGAUUGUUGAUUUACCUUCAUUGCUUUGGUCUUUACUUUGGUGUUACAACGUGACUAUUUGUGAAAACAUUUUGCCCUUCAUUUGGAUUUUUUUGAGACUUAAUUUUUGCAUCAAAUUUACCCCCAUUUCGCGUAAUCUUAGUUCAUCUUAAUUGAAUUUAUAGUGCCAAUCAAGUGACUAUUUGAUUAUUUAAUAGUAAAUCUGUGAAAGAUUCAAAUUAAAAUGACCAUCUCAAGUCAAGAAGAAGUUUUGGUUAAAAAAUUUCGUGAAUGGAUUUUGUCUCAACCGCAAUUUGUAUCGCCAAGAACAGAUGAUUUGUUCAUACUUCGGUUUCUACGGUUCCGCAAAUUUAAUUUUGAAGAAUCUUGUCGUGUCUUUGAGAAAUACUUGAAGGUUCGCAAUGUCCAUCCUUAUUGUUACAAAAAUUUAGACAUUCGAGAUUCAAGUUUAUACGAUCUUAUCAAACGUGGUUACAUCUUUCCAUUAUUUGAGCGAGAUGAUCGAGGAAGGACUGUCAUUUUUGGCCGAUGUGCAAUGUUUAACCAAAAAUACGGCCAUUUACCUACUGAUCUAUUUCGUUCCAUCAUAAUUACUUUCGAGAUUUUAUUGGACAAUGAAGAGAAUCAAAAAAAUGGAUUUGUUUACAUAUUUGACCAGGAAGGAGUCAGUCUCUCUGAAGUAACUUAUUUAGGAAUCAGAGAGUUAAAGAGACUAGCCCAAAGCGGAGAAAAAGCACUUCCUGUAAAACAUAAACAAGUUCAUUGGUUAAACUUACCCCACCUGAUACGAACUAUACUCAUCUUUAUCUCUGGUUUUAUGACACAAAAAUUACAGGAUCGUCUUUCAUUUCCUCGUGAUCUGAAUGAAUUACAUAAACGUAUUCCAGUUCAUAUAUUACCUAAAGAGUAUGGAGGAACCGUUCCAUGGCGUAUAAUGGCAGAUAAAUGGAUAAAGACAGUUGAAGAGAAUCGAGAGAAACUCUUAGCUUUAGAUAAGAUGACUUUGGAUGAUAGUAGGAAGAAGGAGAAAAGAUCAAAGGGUUACAAAAUUUACUGAAAAUGCAAAGAGCAACAAGCAACAAAACAAAAACUGGAUGUGAUCUAAUAUUUUGAUCUACAAAAUAAAAAAAACAAUUGAAAUUAUAGCCCAUCAGUCCAGCCACCAAUUCUCAUCAGUUUCCCCUGUUUAUCUGCAUUUAAUUUUUCAUCUUUUCUCUCUCAUCUUCCUGCUUUCAAACUUCCAUUCUUGUAUUUUCCAAAUUUUCAUUUUUCUAUUUUUCAAUAUCUCUUUCCUUACCUUACAAACUCUUUUUUGUUUUUGUAUGAUAAAAUUUCACAAAAGAUUGAUAAAUAUUAUUCUGUUCAUA